AAUGCUCUGCACGAGGUUUUCAGGAAAUAUAAGGACAUUCAGGGAAGGACGUGUCAAAUCAUAAAUGGUCGAACAGUUACCAUGUGCUUCCCACAAAGACCAGCUAAGAAUCUGAUUUCUGACGCAUCCGAGCACUACUGCCCAGGUGGUGGCAGGGUUCUGACCGGGUAUGGCGGCAGCCUUGCGACCUGUGAUCACCUCAGUGAAUGCCCAGCAGAUCAGAUUUGUAACCCUCAAUAUGGUGCCUGUUGUACAAGAAUACGGACAUGUCCUCGGCCAACAAAGACCAUAAUAGAUGCAGGAACAAACAAACCGAUCAUCUGUCAGACAAAAUUUGGACGAAUAACAUCGUGUCCAGAUGGCGGUUACUGUGAAACGAAGACUGGAUUUUGUUGCAAGGACGAGAGUGCAACGGUGACAUUGGCACCAUCUGUGAAAACUCGGCCAUGGCUUGGUGAAGAGUGCACCGAACGCGACGGAUGCGAAGGUGGCGCCGCGUGCAUGUGCGACGUGGACAAAAGAUGUCGGUGCGAUUGUCCAACUGAGUUAGGUUAUACAAGAAGUGCAGAUCGUCGCACUUGUCAGAGAAUACGAAGAAGGUUGAAGGAAAAAUGCGAAACGGAUAUGGAAUGUUCGGCGGCAUUUUCUGAGUGCUCCACUGGCGGAUGUCGGUGUAAGAACGGCUUUCAGCGAGACGGUAAAGGAGGAUGCAAGCCUAUAAGUAAGCGUUUGAAAACUUUAAUAAGGUUAAAACUCUUUGCAAAGGUCGUUGUAAAGAAAAAGCUGACCCUGGUUUUUAGCGCUAAAUAUUUAAUGAGGACAAAAAUUUCAGGCUCAAGUUCACUGCUAGCUCAUUGGUUAUCAAGUAAUCGAGAUGAUUGUCCUGACGAAUAUUAUUGCGUUCCAUUAUUUGAUGACGCAUUGAAACCUGGAUACUACCUGGGGUUCUGCUGCCCAUCGCCCAUAGCAAUCCGUCCCGUGUGUCCAGUAGGCGUGCCCCACGAGACUAGUUUUCCGCCGAAGUAUGGAUGCAUCAACUGUCCUGCUGAGUAUUAUUGCCACAAAGAUGUUUUCUUGGCUGAUAAAUCUAUUUGUUGUCCUAAGCCAUGUAUUUCACCGGAAGAUAUCUACCAUGAUGGACAAUGCUAUCCCACUGCAUUCUAUGGCGACAGCUGCCAUGUGAGAUUAUCUUGUAACACCCAUUAUCUUAUUUCACCUCUGCAGUGCAUCAAAGGAGCUUGUGCUUGUCCCACCGGCUUCAGUCACAUGGAUGGAGAAUGCAAGCGCGUGAUGUGCACAAUCGGAUUACGUGGUGAACCAUCCGUUGACCGCAACAACCAACUGAUUCGAUGUGAUCACUCCGCCGACUGUUCACAAGGGCAAAUGUGCGAUCCAAACACUCACGUCUGCUUUUUGCAAAAAUCUCGGCAUCACUGUGGUUAUAUCUUAGAUAAUACCCUGCCUAAAUCUUCCAUUUUCCAUGUCGCGUGCAAGAGUAGGCCAGUGGGCUCUGCUCACUCUAGGGACACUCAAAACAGUAAAAGAAACGUUGUCCCCUGA